AUCUUGGUACACAAUCAAUGUAUUCAUAUAUUUAUUAGCUAGAUUUCGAUUGUACAAACCAAUUUAUGGCAACUUGUUCAUUGUUUCUGCUGUGCACCUUUUAAUAUAAAUAGAAGCAAGUCAAGUCCUGAGGGACCAUAGUAGUGUGUUUUCUUAGCAUUGUUUUUAUGGCUACAAGAACCGAAAUGAGGGCUGACAAUUUUAAUGAAUUCUUCCGGCAUUGGCUUGGUGAGCAGAACCAGGACCUGAGGCAGCUGGUGGCGGCGGCUGAGGCGUAUGAGAAUCGACGUCGCCAGCUCCAGAAUUGUCACCAAAACCGCGCUGGAAAUGGCCAUAAGGACAAUGGGGAACGCGUAUUAGGCCAAAUUGUGGAGAAAGUUGUGCAACAUUACGAGAAGUACUAUGAGAUAAAAUCAAGAUGUGAGAAUCAGGACGUGUUGGCGAUGUUAUCGCCAUCCUGGCGAAGUAAGCUGGAGGAUGCGUUUGUCUGGAUUGGCGGAUGGAGGCCUAGCAUGGCUUUUAUGCUGUUGUAUUCGAAAUUAGGCCUCCAGGUGGAAGCCGGGCUCGCGGAGCUCAUGAGGAGUGUCCCAACAGGGGAUUUAGCUGAUCUUUCGCAGGAUCAGAUCAGGCGAGUGGAUGAGCUCCAGCUGAAUACAAUUGAGGAGGAGAAGAGGAUUUCUGAGAAGAUGGCUAAGCAGCAGCAGAAGAUGGCGGAUUCGUCGAUGACUGAGCUGUCGCAUGUGGUUACUGAGAUGAUCAGGAAUAACGAGACCAGGCCUGAAGAAAUCGGGUUUGAUUCGGCUCGAGUUAGGCCUGUUUUGAAGGAGAAAGAGGAGGGGCUUGAGAGCGUGCUACAUAUGGCUGAUGAGCUUCGUCUCACGACACUUAAGAAAGUGAUUAAUAUUUUGAGUCCGAUUCAAGGUGUUCAUUUCUUGAUUGCUGCUGCGGAAUUGCAUCUCAGGGUUCAUGAAUGGGGGACUCAGAGAGAUGCCACGGCUGCUGCUGCUGCAGCUUCGUCGUCUCGAAAUGCUGGGAAUUAAAUCCUACAGCUAGCACCAUCGGAGAGCUUGAUUAGAGAAUCAUGGAGUUUUGGUAGGUGUUUACUGUAGUUUAAUUCUAACGCUUUCUUCAACAAUGUUGUUGUGUUUGUGUGGCUGAAUGAUUUCAAUGCUUUUGUGUUAUGUUUUUAAAAUGUUCUCUACAAGGAUAUUAAUCUAUCUGGAAUAAUUAUAAUAACAUAUAGGUUGAUCCUUUAUUCCCUUUUUA